AUGAGUGACGCCCAAGCGAAUGAGGCCGAGAAGAAUAUCGAGAUAUGGAAGGUGAAAAAGUUGAUCAAGCGUUUGGAGGCGGCAAGGGGAAAUGGAACAUCCAUGAUAUCGUUGAUUAUUCCACCCAAGGACCAGGUCUCCCGCGCUGCCAAGAUGUUGGCUGAAGAAUACGGCACUGCAUCGAACAUCAAGUCCCGCGUCAAUCGCCAGUCGGUCUUAUCCGCCAUCACUUCCACCCAGCAGCGGCUGAAGUUGUACAAUAAGGUCCCCCCGAAUGGCUUGGUCGUCUACUGUGGUGAAAUCUUGACGUCGGAGGGCAAGGAAAGAAGGGUCAACAUCGACUUCGAGCCGUUCAAGCCGAUCAAUACAUCCCUAUACCUCUGUGACAAUAAGUUUCACACUGAGGCUCUGGCUGAACUUCUGGAGUCGGAUCAGAAGUUUGGAUUCAUUAUUAUGGAUGGUAACGGAACUCUCUUUGGCACUCUGAGCGGAAACACACGCGACGUUAUCCACAAAUUCUCUGUCGAUCUCCCAAAGAAGCACGGCCGUGGUGGGCAAUCUGCUCUUCGUUUCUCGCGUCUACGUGACGAGAAACGCCACAACUACGUUCGGAAGGUUGCUGAGUUGGCAGUCCAAAACUUCAUCACUGCUGACAAGGUUAACGUUGGUGGUAUCGUUCUUGCUGGCUCGGCAGAUUUCAAGAAUGACCUGAAUGCAUCUGAUAUGUUUGACAACCGACUCCAAACAAAGGUUAUCAAGGUCGUCGAUGUGUCGUAUGGUGGUGAAAAUGGUUUCAACCAAGCCAUUGAACUGGCUUCGGAGACUCUCGGCAAUGUCAAAUUUAUUCAGGAGAAGAAGCUUAUUGGCAAGUACUUCGAGGAGAUCAGCCAAGAUACUGGACGAGUCUGCUAUGGUGUCGAUGAUACUCUAAAAGCCCUCGAAUUGGGUGCAGUCGAAACACUAAUUGUCUUCGAAAAUCUCGAGAUCAACCGUUGGACCCUAAAGGACAGCAAUGGAACUCAGAUCAUUCUACACACCACAAAGCAGGAAGAGGCUUCGAAUCGUGACCAGUUCAUGGACAGGCAAACAGGUCAAGAAAUGGAUGUGGUGACCCAAGAAUCGUUCCUCGAGUGGAUCGCAGAGAAAUAUAAAGACUUCGGUGCCACCCUCGAGUUCGUAUCGGACCGUUCUUCUGAGGGCAACCAAUUUGUCAAAGGAUUUGGUGGAAUUGGUGGAAUUCUCCGCUAUAAGGUCAACUUCGAGCAGUUGGCCGAAGUUGAUGACGAUGAUGAAUAUUAUGACGGUAUUAUCACCCUUUUGGCCUAUUUUGAUAACCUCGCAUUGGGCGAGGAACCAACUCUAGAUACCCCGUCGAGUCAGGGCCUGCCUCCUAGCGUCCCAGCUAUGCAGCAGGUUCGAAACCCACCCGCAGUCGGUGCUGGUCAAGGUCCGAAAGGAGCCGCGUCCCGUCCCAGCCCUCUCCGGUCCGUUAUGACGGCUUCUUGA